AUGGCAGUCAAACAAUGGAAGCAUAGCAAGGAAUUGAUUAAGGACAUUAAAACUAAACAGGAUAGAUACGCCACAAAGUAUAAGAAAGAGAUAUGCAAUUCAAAACCUCGUGAUUUAGUUAUGCAAUUAGAAGAGAGUGAUCUCAUAAUAAUUAAUGAAAGUCUGAAUGUUGUGUUCAAAUUAUAA